AUCGUCACAGGUGCAGACGGGGAGGAAGUCGUGGUCAAGAAUGGAGACCGAGUCUUCAACUUCUUAGUCUUAGACCUGAACCGAAGCAGUGAAAGAUUCGUGCCGGCUCUGUUCUACAAUGGAAGCUCACAGAAUUUUACCAACAUGACCAAGAUUGACUGGAUCAUUGACAGACCCAUGGUGGAACCACCGGCAUGUGUGUGGAACAACACGUGUCCAGAACCAGAAGCCACCAAUACAACAGUUAUUGUCCUGUCUGUGGUCAUCGGAGUUAUUGUCAUCACAUCCUCUGCCAUCAUCUACUUCUUCAAAAGGAAGAACGAUCUUGCGAUAGCGCUGAGGUCUGAGCAGGAGAAGUUGGUUCAGUGGGAGGAUAUACAGAUGGACGAGGGCAGGGCUGGGGAGGGCAGCGUGUACCGCAUGCAGGUCGCACCUGCUGACCCUGGAGACAUGCAAAAGUGGCAUUCAAGGCUUACCUUAGGUGGCGUGCAAGUGUUUGCCACAACUGGCAUCUACAAGGGCAAAAGAGUGGUAAUCAAGGAUGCUGACUGUGACAAGUCAGCCAUCAAUCUGACAGAUGACAUCCUACUGGAGCUAAAGAGGGUAUGUGUUUCCCCCUAG